UGUGGGAUGAGGAACUGGCCCUGGGCUGCUUCGGACGCACUCAGAGGAGGUUGGAGCGCGCGGGAAGGUCGUAAGGGGAGUCAUUUUUUAUCCCCACCCCGGAAACCAAAGCAGCAUAAGCUUUACAGAGUUUGAAAUCCGGGCAGCUCUCGACGUUCCCGCCACCUCUUGUGUUUACUGACGCCCGUGAGCUCGUGCUUGCCUGAGUCUGUGGUCCCUUCUAGAAGGACUCGCCUCUGGUCCCGCCAGCCCUGGAGUGCGCAGGCACUCAGCCUGUUCCGGGUUGAUGCCACACCGUGCUUCUGGGAAUCUCAGCUGCCUGUCCAGGCGGAUUAGAGUGGGUGUCAGAAGCCGAGUGUACAGAAGCUGCAAACUUAGAACCCCUUCAUGCUGCUCCUAACAGCCUCCCCUCCCCUCCAUCUGGUUUGGCCAUUUGCACCCCUCUCUCAGUUCUUCGAUUUGGGAAGCCAAAAGGCUUGCAAGCUUCACUUGUUCAAGAUGCUCCUUCGUGGCAACGUUUUAUUCUGGAGCUACUUUUGAAAACAAAGGGGAGGAAAAAAAAAAAAAAACAGAGCAAGCGGCGUGGUGGUUGGAGGGUGGAGAAAAGCGGCUUUGAGAGGUGGUGCUAAAAGUUGUGUUAGAGUAUCACCUAGAGUCACUAAACUCUUGGUAGAUUAAGGGCUGUUAAGGUCGCUGAUCCCCCACUCUCACCCCCAACCCCCCAGCAACCGAUCACCACCGGAGCACUUUACAGAGAACCCUAGUCUUGGGGUUCCAAAGCUGUGCCUGGUCAAGAAUGCAUUCCAGUCACAAUUAACCUUCAGAAAUAAUUAGUGUGGAGUAUAAUGGCAGCCUGAGAGGCAGUCCAGUGCUGUGCCUGGCCUUCCCAAGAGUUCCUUUCCAGUCUCUCUGCUAAACUGGAAUCUCGUGCCUAACUGUGGUGCUACUGCUAUUCCUUUACAGCUCACUGCAUGGCUCACAGACCCCGUCUCUCAUUUGUAGACAUACUCCUAACAAGGCCUGCUUGCUUCUGCUGGCCCCCUUUCUGGACUUUUCCCACAUAGUGUUGGGAAUCAGGAAUGAAACAGGGCCUCCUUUCACCCCUCCACUUAGUCUGGGCUGAUAAGGGUGGUCAGUGUUUUAGAGCGGCCUUGGGGCGUUUCUGUUGACUUUUAUCAGAGGUAGCCUGGCUAGGAGAGUUGGGAAGACCACUGGACAGGAUUUUUUUUUUUUUUUUUGCUAGAGGUUUAAUGCUGGCCCUAUUGCGCCACAUCAAAGAUUGACUGGGUCUGAGGUUUUUUUUUUUUCCUACAGGAUUGUCCUGAACCCAGAUCUUGCCCUCUUCCCAACUCACUUACCAUUUCUGACCCCGGUUCUAUACAGAGUACUUGUUUUUCUUUAUAGGGGUUGUGGUAACAACAACAAAAAGUGCCUGUUUGAGUUUUCCAUAAACUCCUAUCCAAAAAAAAAAAAAAAAAAAAAAAAAAGAGCUGUGUGUUGUGUAGUGGUUGCAAGGGGCCCUUAAGUGUUUGCUGGAUAUGCCCCAUGUGCGACACAGGACAUGGUGGACACCAGGAGCUAAUUGUAGCAGUUUACUCUCUGGCUUGUAAUAUCUUAGUCCCAGAGUAAACAUUGGCUUUACCAAACCCACUGCUAUCUCAGGGUCACCGUGUUUACACUAGAACAGGCCAAAGGUCAUGGCCUGAGAGAUGACCAGACCUGAAGGGGGAAUGGGGGAAGGUGUGGGUCCCAGAUGUAAGGCCUGCCACUCCCACCCACUCACAACCCUGUACAGGCUCUGGUCCUGAGACUGAGAGGUUGCCACAGGCCGCCACGGGCCCUGAAGGGUUAACUGUGAAGCUGCUCUCUGUUGUGUUGUGGGUGGAGAGGACUGUGGUGAUGGGAGGUGUUGUCUUUGCAGCUGCACGGAGGGCUGACUUCAGUCCAGCCAUCCCAGGCUGUUCUCUGGCCCUGGCUACUGUCCUGUCCUGCUUCUCUGGCCAGCUGCGUGUCCACAGGCCUUUGUUCGAGUGCUGUAGCCCUCCCUACUCAUUACCCUCCCUCCCCAGUUUCUAGAGUCAGGACAUGGUUUGGCAUUACUACAGUAGGAAGCUCUUCUGGAGUCCUGGGUCCGACAGACCUGGAGGCUUAUCCUGGGGCCUCCAAUGCUCCCCAGUACACACUGGGUCUCUUUUCUCAUCUUUCCCUCCUUCCUAUAUCCACGCAUCUUAGAUCUAUUAUUCAUCCAUUUUUAUUUAGCAUCUUCUAUCUAUGGUUACUGGGCAUCGGGGGUGGGGUAGGGGCCUGGAAGUGACUGAAAUGAGGUUUUUAGCAAUUGUUGACCUGGUGGAGCAGAAUUCUACUUGAGGGGAAAUGAGCAGAAAACGAAAUGGAUCAUGGAAAGGGCGUUUAAAGUUACAGGAAGGUAUGCCAGGGAAGGUCAAUGUGAAUUGCUGAGGAAGGGAGGAGGUGACAGCUGUCCUCUAAGGAAGGGACUUUGGAGUUGACCAUGAGCUCCGGAUGGCUAUCCCUUGAAACCCAGGUCAGCAUCCCAAUGUGACAUUUAGGAUCAGGGUUUGGAGUAGCACAGACCCAGGUUUAAAUCUCCAACCUGACAACUUCCCAGCCCUGCAGCCCUGUGUUGACUAAACUCCUUUAGGUCUGUUUCUCACCUGUACAGUGGAGUUCGUCAUCCAGCCGCCCGCAUGCCGCAUUGUGAGAGUGAACAGAGAGAUAACGCAUCUGCAGUGCUUAGCAAGCCCUACAGAGCACAGUAUUUAUUUCUCCCACCAAAUUCUACAGAGGCAGCAGCAAUGUUUCCAGCCAGUGCUAGCUGGGACUCUGGAUGAGAAGCAUUUGAAGUAUUGUGAAGGAGCAGGGAAAUCAAAAGGAGGGCCACUGGAAGGCUUCUGGUCGAGGAGUGAGGGAACCUCUCUAAGCUACCCUGGAGUGCAGUUGGCUGGGGAUGCAUGUGCCGGUCACUGUCCCUCAGAUAGGAAGGGUAGCCUAGGGCAGCUCUGGCCUGCCUGGCUUUGGAAUUCCCCCUGCUUCCAGUCAGUUGGUGAAUCACACCUUGGUGUCGUCCACUGUCUUCACCUUCAUCCUCCAUGUGGCUUUGUUUUACUAGGUGGGGAUGGGGAUGGGGAACAUAUUGAGAAUAAGGGCUAAGGGCAUGAGGGGAGAGGGGUACAGGGCCAGCAGGCUGUUCAGGAAGAGUCUAAUAGAGGUUCCGAGGAACCCUGCAAAGACUUUUGAUAACAUCUCAUUCACCAGGGACCAGAAUGAGUUAAAAAUGUGGGUCAGCUUGUGGGAGUCCUUUUCCCAAGGGGGCUCCUGAGGAUCAAACUUAGGCCAUCAGGCUUGGUGGUGACCACUGAGCCAUUUGGUUGGUGCAGAAAUUUGUAGAGUCUUGCUGUGUUGUCCAGGCCGGCUUCUCUUUCCUGAGCUUUAAAAAAAUCUCUACUCAGAAUUGCAACUGGCUGGAUUAUGGACAUUUAUAGGCACUCUGAGAGUUCAGGGUCAGGAAUACUCAAAUCCAAGCGGUCUCCGCCCAACUGUGUGAUGGGCCUGUCCCCUCCCAUCUCUGCUGGAAUGGUCAGCCUCCUCCAGAGCAGUUUAAUCUAAAAUGCUGUUGUCAAAGUUUGUGGUCAGUGGUUUCCUGGGGGCCCUCCUGCUCAGGAAGUGAAAGACGCACAGUGGAGGGCCAGGCCUAGGGAAGUGGUCAUCAGCCAGGCCACGCCCGCAAGGCCGCUGCAGGCGCAUGCGCAUACAGGCAGGGUAGCCGGAUCUACCCUGUGAUGAAGGAACUUUUGAAGACUGUCAGUUGGUAUAUAGCCAGAUAGAAUCAGGCCUCAGAGGAAAUUAGGAAGAGGGUCCUGUGUAGCCUUGAACACGUUUGUGACGUUGGUAUCCUAAAGGAAGAAAACUGGGCCCUUGGUCAGCAAGAAGCUGGUCUAGAAUUGCUAGCUGCUCUUCUGGUGUCAGCCAUCUAGGGACCAGGAUAUCUUGUUAACUGGAUCUGAGAUUCGCUGGUUUCUCUUCCCUCCUUUGAAAUAGGGUUUGGUUGGACAAAGAGCUCUGUUUUUUUUUUUUUUUUUUUCUUUUUUUGUUUUGUUUUUUUCCCCCAGACCAUUUUCACCUUACACUUGCAGUGUGAUCUACUUGUUUUUGCUUCCAAGCGCUGAGAUUUGUGCCGCCAUGUUUGACUCUGUUGGCUUCAUUUCAUUUAGAAGCUCUCUGAGGGUGGGAAUGGGGCUUUGCUCAUUCUUGUUCUCAUGCAGAGCUGGGAAUGGUACAAAGUGUGAUCUACAGGGCAUGGCGGGCUGGUGCAGAGGCUGCACUCGGGAGGAGUCCCAGUGUGGUGGGCUUACCCGCCCUGGAACUGGGAAGAAUGCAUGGGUGGAGUCUACACUUGGUGGGCUGUUGCCGCCUGAGAAAACUAAAGGAUAGCAGUAUCUCGAUGGUGCUUUUGGCUGUCAUUCAGAGAGGAUGCUUGUAUUUAGUGUCAAGGUUUAGGACGACUCCUACUCCAUGUGCUGAACAGCUUCAAGAGUUGAACAUAGAGACUGGACAAGGUUCUAGAAGGUGCCAGCUAUAUGUAGCCCUGUUAAAGACAUAGUGAGGGUCCUAGGAAUUUCUCUAAUUGUUACUAGAGUCUGAGUUGAGACGGGAAUCUAAGAAGAUUCUUUUAAAAGUCGUUUUCUCUUGUGUAUUUUGUGUGUGUGUGUGUGCUGUACACAUGUAUGUAUGCAUAUACAUGCACAUGUGUAUGUGUGUGUUUUCAAAGAGCAACUUACUACUACCAUGUAGGACCCAGGAGUUGAACUGAAGUCAUCAGGUGUGGUGACAGGUACCUUUACCCACUGAUGCAACUCUCUCUCUCUCUCUCUGUGUGUGUGUGUGUGUGUGUGUGUGUGUGUGUGCGUGCGUGCGUGCGUGCGUGUGUGUGUGUGUGUGUGUGUGUGUGUGUGUGUAUUUUGCUUUUGAACCCAGUGGUAUCUUUGCAGUUGAAGUGGGCUCCAGAAUCUCUUUAAAAUUCACAUAUUUUAAAAUUGAUUUUCUUGUUUUUAGCCCAGGCUAACAUGAGACCUCUACAUAUGACUGAGGAUAACUUUGAGCCUCAGGCCCUUCUCUGUUUCCAGAGUGUUGAUUGUAGGCACUCACCGUGAGACUGGUAUAUGCAGUGCUGGGGAUAGAAACCCUUGGCUUCAUGUAUGCUAGGCAAGCACUCUACUGGCUGAGCUCCAACUCUGGCUCUCCUAGCUUUGUUGUUGAUUUUUGAGAGGGAAUGUUUCUAUGUAGCCACGCUGGUUUAUUUUGUUUUGUUUUUAAAGGCUAAACCUGGCUCAGUAGUUAAGAGCACUGACUGCUCUUCCAGAGGACCCAGGUUUAAUUCCCAGCCCUCACAUGGCAGUUUACAACUGCCUGUAACUCUUGUUCUAGGGGAUCUGACACACUUAUAGCAACGUACAUAAAGCAUACAAUUAAAUAAAUUUAAAAAAAAAAAGGAGCUGGAGAGGUGGCUCAGUGGUUAAGAGCACUGGCUGUUCUUCCAGAGGACCAGGGUUUGACUUGAUGAAUCACAACUGUACAUAAUUUCAGUUCUAUGGGAUCUGACACCUUCUUCAGCCUCCACAGGCACUGCACACACGUGAUGCACAGGUGUACAUGCAGGCAGAACGCCAUACACACAGGACAAAAAUAAAUAAAUCUGCUUUUAAAAGCUCAUAACUUGGGCUGGAGAGGUGGCUCAAUGGUUAAGAACGCUGACUGUUCUUCCAGAGGUCCUGAGUUUAAUUCCCAGCAACCACAUGGUGGCUCACAACCAUCCGUAAUGAGAUCUGAUGCCCUCUUCUGGUGUGUCUGAAGACAGCUACAGGGUACUUACAUACAUAAAAUAAAAUAAAUAAAAGCUCAUAGCUUUUACUGUAAGGCUUUAGAGACAAUCUCUCUUUCUCUCUCUCUCUCUCUCUCUCUCUCUCUCUCUUUCUCUCUCUCUCUCUCUCUCUCUCUCUCUGUGUGCGUGUGUGUGUAACACAGACUUGAGCAACAGGUGACAAAUCUUUUUUGUAGGGAAAGAGGAACAGGUGUCCUUGCAAACCCUAUGUAGGUCAUUGCUAUAGCCCCAGUACCUGUUGUAUGGUAGGAUUACAAUAAUUAUAAAUAAGGGUCUUACUACCUUAUUUGUAGUAAUAAACUUUAGGAGUGGAGUUUUCUUGUUCCUUUUUGUUUUUGUUUCUCUGGUCUCCAGUCUGGCCUUGAACUCACAAUCUUCUGGACAUAGCCACCAAGUGCUGGGAUUACAGAUGUGAGCCACCAAGCCUGAUUUACAAAUGAUCUAUUCUUGUCAUCAAAGUAAAAGACCAGGAUAUAAGAUUCCACUUUGUAUCUGCACCGGUGAGGCAGUGAUGCAGGCAGCGAUGCAGGCAGCCUGGUAUUUUUGCAGCUUGCAAAGUGUAAGGGAACCUGGAGUCUCUGAUAUCCAUAAUCCCAGGCUGGCUGCAGAGUCUAUCACCAUGCAAAUGGGGCCAAAAGAGGACAUUAGGGUGUGCUUAUAGAUUUGAAUAUAUGUCCCAUAAUAUCCUAUAACACCACUCCCAGCUGUUGGCAGCCUCCCUAACAAUAUUACUCAUCUGCACAUCACCAUGAAGGAUGAUGGGUUGAAAUGCCUAUGAAAUAUCCACAGCCCCCUCCCCCCAUCCUGUUUAACAUCUCUGCAUAACCUGUGUCUUACGGCCGAGCUCAUUGUAGAUGGGUAGCGGUAAGUGAGAAAGCCUGGACAGAAAGGGAGAACGAUCUGUGGAGCGGUAAGUUGGCAGUGAAAACAGGCUGAAACAGAAACACCGGAAAAGCCAGUCCUAGCGGAAGGACCCGGGGUCAUUUGUUUGCAGGGAAUGGCUUGACACACCUUCCUUCCACCUGGGUCGUGGAUGAUGGGUGCCUGGCCAGCAGCCGUGGCCCUGACUCAUGAAGAGUAGGCUAAAUUACUCUCUUAGCUGGGUUGAGGGAAGCAAGGAAGUGUAAAACAUAAUUUUAAAGAUUCCCAGUCAGAUUGGCUGGAAUCAUGAGAGAUGUUGAUUGUGGCCUAGUGAGCUCACAGAUCUCCUCAAGUCCUUUCAAGGUCUGGUAAGUUGCCCAGUGUCUCUGUGCUGACACUUAGCAAAGAUAACAUUUGAACUUCCCUUACCCUUUAAAAAAAAUCUUUUCUUUUCUUUCUUUUUUUUUGGGUGGGACUGGAAAUGAGCCCAGGGUCUUCUGCAUGCUGUGAAAGCUCCCCACCUCAGCCAUACCCUUACUCAGGAUUUGAACUUCCUAAUGACUCCAGAGCUUGUGUUCUCAGCCCUCCCUCUCCCAGAGUGUUUGGCACUGCAAGUGUGGAUUGUUCUCUGUGGUGUCCUGGUGGGGCUUGGGUCUCAGUCGGCUCCUCACUUAAUUCAGUUCUAUGAAAACUGAUUGCCAGGUACCCCAGGGGGUGCUUACCUCUCUGAACAAGAGUGCUUCUUAAUGCAUCUUUUUCCCCAGCUGGCAGUUUUUAGAGGCCAGAAAAUGACAGGGAGGAACUGACAUCUCAACACCCCACAGGAAUUCGCCUCUUUGUUCAGCUUCUGGGCUCUGCGGAGGAUGCUGAACUGUGUGGUCUCGGUGUCUAGUGAUCCAGAAUGCUGUUUUCAGGCCUGUUUCUCUCUCCUGUUUCUGAUGGAAGGAAAAUGUUCUGAUUUUUUUUUUCCCCUCUGUUAUAUUUCCAUUUUAAACUUACCUGGAAUGUGCUUUCUGGUUGCUGGGUUUUGGCCCUGGCAGUCCACGAAAGAGCUUUAACAUAUGUACUGAUGCUCGAGCCUCACUCUGGGUCACAGUCAUGGUCACAGAAUGCUUCAGGAGCCCUGUAUGUAAACCCACGCCUGAACAUGUAAAAUGGAGAGGAUUUAAUUUUUCUUCCAGAACACUGGCCAGUUUCCCCCACUGCUUAUUGAGUGGUCUCUGCUUCCCCGCUGGCUUGUCUUUAAUGUUUUUCUUUCCUUAUUAUCUUGUUUUAUUGAGAAAGAUUUCAAAUAUAAAUUACAAGCCACUCAUGCAUGGUGUAUCGUUCAUUGGUUUAUCAAUAUUUACAGUUGCAGAGUUGUGUAACCCCUGCUAUCUUUUUUUUUAUUAACCCCCCCCCCAGAAAAGCCAGUUCCCAUUAGCGGUCAGUUCUCAUUUCCCCAGCUCCCAGCUCCAGGUAGCCACUGAAGUACUUCCUGUUUCCCUAGGGCACCUAUUGUGGACAUGUGCAAAUGGAUUUAUGUACGCUGUUUCUGAUUGGCCUCCUUUCUGCCCACGACCUCUGGUUUCCAGUUCAUCAGGGUCUCCUAAGAUGUUCCCUGUUGUAGAAAGCAAUUCAUUUUUUAUUGCGGGCUAAUUCGGCACCAUGCACAUAUAUUACGUUUUGCUCACUUGUCCACCAGCUGAUGGACAUUUCUGUUUGAGCUGUUUAGUAUUGUGAGUAACGCUGUCGGAUGGGGCCAUAGUUCAGUGGUAAAAUGCUUGUUUAGAUGCACUGGGCUUGAGCCCCCAGCAUUUGCCAAUAAGUAAAUACAUUUAAAAAGUGAAUAUUGCCGCUGUGAAUGUUAGAUUAUAUAAUGUAUAAACAUCUUGUGUGGACAUAUGUGAAUGAUUUACUUAAGAAUAGGAUGGUUGGAUCAUGUGGUAAUCCUGUGUUUAAUUUUUUUUUUAAAGAUUUACUUAUGUUUUUAUUUAUUUAUAUGUAUGUGGGUACACUGCUGCUGUCUUCAGACACACCAGAAGAGGGCAUCGGAGCCCAACACAGAUGGUUGUGAGCCACCAUGUGGUUGCUGGGAUUUGAACUCAGGACCUCUGGAAGAGCGGUUGGUGCUCUAACCACUGAGCCGUCCCUCCAGCCCCUGUGUUUAAUUAAAAAAAGAGUCUUUGUGUAUAAAUGUGUGUGUGUGUGUAUCUCUGUGUGUCUGUAUAUGUAUAUGUGUGUGUGCAUGCAUGUUCAUGUGUGUGAGUGUGUGGAGGUCAGAGAACAACCUUGGAUGUGGGUCCCUGUCUUUGUCCUUGCUUGGGAAAGGGUCCCGUAGUCACUGCUGUGCACGAUGAGCUAGCUGGCUGGCCUGUAAGUUCCUAGAGAUUCACUGACUCUAAAGGUGGUUUUAUUUCUGUGCUCUCAGUUCUGUACUCUCGAGAGGCUGUGUGUUCUUAUGGGAGUGCAGAGGACUGCACUGUUGCAGUCCUGACGCUGCUGCUUUCGAGGCGGGCAGGGACAGGGAGAGCUAAAUCUACACACACAGGAGUUGCCAGACAGGAGGAUUGCCAUUUUAAACAGUGCUAAAUGCUCAAUAUGGAUAGACUCGGAAUGACUAUCUGUUCAUUUGACGAUCCUUCAUUUCUUUCAACAGUAUCUUAGUUUCUAUUAGUAUAGCAGUCUUGUGCUUUUUUUUUUCUUUUUCUUUUUUGUAUUUUUAUUAUUUAUUUUUGAGACAGGAUCUCUCCACAUAGCUCUGGCUGCCCUAGAACUUACUAUGUGGAUCAAGAUGGCAUUGAACUCAGGGAUUUUUCAAAGGUGUGCACCCAUACCUAGCCUUUCUUGCUUGCCUUAAAAAAAACCAAAAAAAAAAAAAAAAACCAAAAAAAAACCAAACCAACGCCCCCCCCAAAAAAACCCAUUUAUUUAUGGAACUGGAAAGUUGGCUUAGGGGUUAAGAGCCCGGCUGCUCUUCCAGAGGUCCUGAGGUAAAUCCCCACACUUACAUGACAGCUCACACUAGUCCUGUGGGAUCCUAUGUCCUCUUCUAGUGUGCAUACAUGUAGAUACAGCACCAUACACAUAAAGCACAUACAUUAAUAAAUCUAGAGAGAACUAUUUAUUAAUUUAUUUAUUAUUCGGUGUGCCUAAGACCAGAGGACGAUCUGCAGUUUACUCCUUCCACUGUAGGGUGCAGGGUACUGAACAUAAAUGCUCUGGGGCGUACAGCGGCAAGUGAUUUACCUGCUGAGCCGUCUCAGGUCUCUCUCUGGGUUGUCUUCUUAAUUAUUUUCAGAUUUUUCAUCAUCAUCAUCAUCACCACCACCACCACCACCAUCAUCAUCAUCAUUACUAUUAUUGUAUAGGAACAGAUCUCAUUAUUUUUUAAGGAUUUUGUGUGUGUGUGUGUGUGUGUGUGUGUGUGUGUGUGUGUGUGUGUGUGUGUUGGGGUAUGCUCAUGCUGUGGCCUGCAUGUGGAGGUCAGAACAUUACCUCUGGGAGUUGGUUCUUCUGGAACUAUGUGGGUCCCAGAGAUAAGCUCAGGUCAACAGGUUUGGCAGAAAAAUGCAUGCGUCAUCUCGCUGGCCUCUUGCAAUUUUUUGCUUUGAGCUUUUUCUCUUCAUGGGGUGCUUCAAAGCAAGACAUUUUGUAAAUCUGUGCUUCCUUGCGAUGCGUAGGUCUGGGCUUGCCGUGGAUGGAGGUGGAUGUGGAGGAGGAGGUGGGGUAGAGAAGGUUGGAAGGCUUUGGCUGUUGGCCUGCGUUUUACAGUGUAUGUCUCACCUCCUGGGCAUCUCAACCCUGCCCUCUUCUACCUAACAAAGAUUCCAUCCCCCUUGCACACCAUUUUUCCUCUUUUUUUCUUCUUCUGCAUGGCAUCUAGCACUAUCCUGAAAUAUACUGUUUAUUUACUGGUGUGGCCGUCUUCCCUGCUGUCACCUAAGUUCAGUGAGAAGCAGCAAUCUCAUUCAUGCUGGUUGUUAUGUCCCCAGCACCUAGCUUAUGAUCAAACUUGAGUGAUCCUCUGCCUUUCCUGGGUGGUGUGCAUUGGGGGGAUGGGGACAUGGACUGGUUCCUAGGCCUCACACAUACCUGGUAAGCAUUCACCACCGGGAAGUUAUUUCAGCUUUGGUUCUGUAGUACCAGCUACGGCCAGGCAGUGGGCAGGUGAGCUGUACCCCUGUUCCCCGAUUCCCAAGCCUACAUCAGUGCCUCUGCCAGGAGGACACCUCUUUCCUCAACACAGUCACCCACAAAGUACCAUCUGUGUCCACAUCACCUACACACUUAUUUACUGCAGCCUUCUUCUGGCAAGUCCUCACACAGCUGCCAGCACAAUUAGCAAGACCUGGAGAACACUAAGGGCAAACCUCUGGAAACCCCAGACUUGCCGUCUGAGGUUGUAAGCGGGGUAUAUUGUCCGGACACUCACAGAAGCAGUUCGGAAUUCUUCUGCCUCACCGAGUGCUGUGUGCCCUACAACCUCUGGAGUGUGUGGGCAGAAGACCACCACUGUGAGUUUGCCCCCGGGUGUCUUCUGCUGGUCUCACAAGCGAUUUCUUUCUGGAAGCAUCAAUGGGUGAGUUAUGGGUUCCCAGAUGACUCUGUUUGGGCCUCUUUCUGAGGUUAUCACCCUGUGUGGGAACUUUUUCCCAGGAAAAAUGUUAACUUUUAAAAAGGAGGUAUCCCAUGAGGGAGUGUGGAUUCCUCUCAGGCUCCAUCGAGUCUCCUGGGUCCUGUGUGUGAGGAGGGGGAGGUGUGUGUUGCUUGUGAAUGAAUUGCUCAGGGAUCCUGGAUUCCAGCAAACCCUGUCUUCCCACUUCCCUAGCUGCGUGGCCUUGAGUGGGGGAGUAUUGAGAAACUACAUAGCGAAUGUGUCAGAUGUGUCAGAGCUGUGGCUGGUACAUUACACCCUCGUAAAAGGUUGCCUGAGAUUUUAGUUUGCUCUCUGGGAACAGCUUGUGCCUCAGUUUUCCUGACCAGAAAAGCAGGGGUAAUUUUGCUGUCCACCUGUCCCACCCUCUGACUUGCAGCCUUGAGGACGGAAGGGUUAAAAGCCUCAGGCUUAGAGGGCCCGAGUGGGGGAAGGUGUCCCAUAAAUGGAGUAUUGUUGUGCUGUUGACUGAUCUGGCUUUGUUUGAGUCUUCAGGGUUUGACCUCCUGCACUUCGGACCCCAAGUGCUUAAUCUCUGGAGAUAUUUGUGGUCCUCAGCUGCAAGGUGCUUACCUCCUGGGGCUGUGGCCUGGGUCCUCAUCCCUUCUGGGGCGUGCUACGUUGUGCUGGGAAGCUACAUUUUCAUGGUUAGGCCCCCCAGCAAUCAGGAAUGAGAGAAAUGCAGCAAGUAUGACCCACACGCGGAACUGGUUCUGAAUAGGACGUUUAUUGAAGAGGUUUCAGCAGGAGGCAGCGGGCGCUUUAAUUCCCGAGGUUGUUGGUGGCAGUUGUUGCUUGCCCAGCCAGAGCUUGUUAACCGCUGGGCUGCCAAACGCCGGAGAGAAUGCAGCUCCCCAGCCCCUGGCCACCUUCCCAGGGCUGCUCUCUGUGCUGGGAUGGGAGCCCUUUUGAGGAAAGCGAAUCUCCCCGAGGUGACAGUCCCAGGCAGCGAUGCCAGGAUGCCCGUCUCUACUGCCCUCCACCAAGAUGGCAGCCAGGAGCGGCCACCGAGCCUAAUGUCUACUACAUCUUCAUCUGGCUCCUCCCGUGACAGCCACAGUGCCAUGGAGGAGCCGACUGGCUCCGAGGCUUCAGCCCAGAACGGGACAGGCUCCCCUUGGGGCCGGCAUAUUCCCAACAGCAACAACAACUCCAGCAGCUGGCUGAACAUGAAGGGACCUCUCUCCCCAUUCAACGGCCGUGCAGGGACAGGCCCUGCCUAUCACAAGCUCAGCUAUCUGGGCCGGGUGGUGCGAGAGAUCGUGGAGACAGAGCGCAUGUAUGUGCAGGACCUGCGGAGCAUUGUGGAGGACUACCUCUUGAAGAUCAUCGACACCCCCGGGCUCCUGAAGCCGGAGCAAGUCAGCGCCCUCUUUGGGAACAUAGAGAGCAUAUAUGCACUGAACAGCCAGCUUCUCAGAGACCUGGACAGCUGCAAUAGUGACCCCGUGGCAGUUGCCAGCUGCUUCGUGGAAAGGAGCCAAGAGUUUGAUAUAUACACUCAGUAUUGCAACAACUACCCCAACUCAGUGGCAGCCCUCACGGAGUGCAUGCAAGACAAGCAGCAAGCCAAGUUCUUCCGGGACCGGCAGGAGCUGUUGCAGCACUCCCUGCCCCUGGGCUCCUACCUGCUGAAGCCAGUCCAACGCAUCCUCAAGUACCACCUGCUGCUCCAGGAAAUUGCCAAACAUUUUGAUGAAGAAGAGGAUGGCUUCGAGGUGGUAGAAGACGCCAUUGACACCAUGACGUGUGUGGCCUGGUACAUCAAUGACAUGAAGAGGAGGCACGAGCACGCAGUUCGGCUACAGGAGAUCCAGUCACUGCUCAUUAACUGGAAGGGACCAGACCUGACCACCUACGGGGAACUGGUCCUGGAAGCCACCUUUCGCGUGCACCGUGUGCGCAAUGAGAGAACUUUCUUCCUCUUUGACAAGAUACUGCUCAUUACCAAGAAGCGAGGCGAUCACUUUGUCUACAAGGGCCACAUUCCGUGCUCCUCACUGAUGCUGAUCGAAAGCACCAGGGACUCUCUGUGCUUCACCGUCACCCACUAUAAGCACAGCAAACAACAAUACAGUAUCCAGGCCAAGACAGUAGAGGAGAAACGGAGCUGGACUCACCACAUCAAGAGGCUCAUCCUGGAGAAUCACCAUGCUACUAUACCCCAGAAGGCCAAGGAAGCCAUCUUGGAAAUGGACUCCUAUUAUCCCAGUAGGUAUCGCUGCAGCCCGGAGCGGAUGAAAAAGGCUUGGUCCUCGCAGGAUGAGGUGUCUGCCCAUGUGCGCCAGGGACGUCGGCAGUCUGAGCCUGGCCGUACCCUGUUCAGCAGGGCAACACUUCCCAGCAGGCAGCAAGGAUUCGAGAUGCCAGGCCUUAAGGGCCGUAGAAAGUCGGAGCCCACCAGGCACCUGCUCAGGCAGCUGAGUGAGAAAGUAGCCAGAGCAGCGGGAAUGAAGCACGCAGGGAGUGCCGGAGCCCUCUUGGACUUUGGGCAGCUACCCCAUGCACAGGACCAGCAGCCAGAGGCUGAGGAGGCUGCCAGGGAGGAGCUUGAGGAAGAGGAGGAGAUAGUGGAGGAGGAAGAGCAGCAGCAGCAGCAGACCUUUCCAGUCUCCCUGGAGGACCUGGCAGGGCACGGUGGCAACGAGAAGGUGCCUGGGCCAGAGCUCCCGGGCUCGGAGGAGGAGGAAGAGGAGGAAGAGAGCCUAGCAGUGGCGGAGCAGGUAGCUGACUUUGCCAGCUCCCUGCUGGCCGCCCUCCACUGCUGGCACUAUCGAGCCAACGCUUUACUUUUCUCCCGGGGUGCUAUGGGGAAGAGACAUGGGGAGUCUGAAGGCUCUAAAAGCUGCAGAAGGCCCAGUGACCGGUCUCCAACCAGUGUGGAGAAACGCAUGAGCUUUGAGUCUGUUUCUUCUAUGCCAGAGGAGAGCAGUGAGCAGGUUGAGACAGAUCCUGAGCCCAGGGCUGAGCAGGAGGCCUUUACUGCCUUGGAAGGUCCUAGCCCUGAGGAGAUGCCUUCAGACCCAGAAUUUCCAGAAGCCCUGGAGACACAGCUUCAUGACCCCAAGGGGCUGCUAGGAGUGGACAAGCCCGCUGGUGAGGUGGACUUUGUGGAGCCUGAGGGGUCUGAAGACCUUAAGACCCUGAGUAGUGAGGAGGAAGAAGAGGAGGAAAUGGGAGCCACCCAGGAACCCGAGAGCCUCCUGCCACCCUCUGUGCUGGACCAGGCCAGCGUCAUUGCCGAGAGGUUCGCCAGUAGCUUCUCUCGGCGGAGCAGCCUGGCAGCGGAGGACGGCAAGUGCAGUGGCCUCGGGACACCACGGCUCAUCAGCAGGAGCAGCAGCGUGCUCAGCCUGGAGGGCAGCGAGAAGGGCCUGGCCCGAUGGAGCAGCACUGGAGACUCCCUCAGCAACCCGCCCGCCCCAGAAGUGAUCAUCGGUACAGAUACAGUCACGGACACUGGCCCUUCUGUCAAUGGGACAGAAUCUCUAAGUGCAGGCUCAGGCUGCCCCACGGAACUGGAUAGAUCAUCCUGCAAGAAAAAGGAAUCAGCAUUGUCUACCCGAGACCGACAGUUGCUGGACAGAAUUAAGAGCUACUAUGAAAACGCAGAGCACCACGAUGCCAGUUUCAGCAUCCGUCGGCGGGAGAGCCUCUCCUACAUCCCUAAAGGACUGGUGCGCAACUCUGUGUCCAGGUUCAACAGCCUUCCCAAGCCAGAUUCAGAGCCAGCAGCUCCCGUUGGGUACAAGAGGCCGGGGAGUUCUCGGCCAGCCUCAUGGACCUUGUUUGACCUCCCAGGUCCCAGCCGGGCAGACGAAGGGGACCCAGCUCCUAUCACAGAUGCGGAGUUCCGUCCAUCUUCAGAAAUUGCCAAGAUAUGGGAAAGAAUGGAGUCUUCGGAGAGAAGUCCCCGGACAGGGUCUGGCCAGAGCCAGGCCAAUGGCUUUGAGCUACAAGAGCCACUGUUCAUCUUGGAGGAGCAUGAGCUGGGGGCCAUCACUGAGGAGUCUGCUGUCGCCUCUCCAGAAAGUGCCUCUCCCACUGAGCAUCCCAGCCCAGCCCACCUGGCCCGGGAGCUGAAAGAGCUGGUGAAGGAGCUGAGCAGUGGUGUCCAGGGGGAGCUGGUUACCCCACUGCACCCCCGUAUUAUGCAGCUGUCCCAUGUGAUGGACAGCCAUGUGAGUGAGCGUGUCAAAAACAAGGUCUACCAGUUGGCCCGCCAGUAUAGCCUCCGAAUUAAGAACAUCAAGGCAGCUAGGCCACCUCUACACUGGGAAAAAGCCACUCCUGAUGGGGAUGAGCCCAUCCCUUCCAAUUCUGGCCUGCCUGUGGAAGCUGGAGAGCUGUCAGGGGGCAAAGCCAGGAGGAAGCCUGUGCUAUCCCUCCUCAGCUAUGAGCAGCUGGUGGCUCAGGAGCCUGGCACCUCCAAGUCUUCCUCUGCUGUGGAGACCUCUCCACGCCGUUUCUCCUUCAGCCCUUCUGCUGUCAGCCCAAGAACCACCUCACCUGGGUCUCGGUCCUCCGCUCGGAGCCCCCUCAGCCCCUUUGACACUGAGACCUUCAACUGGCCCGAUGUCCGAGAGCUCUGCUCCAAGUAUACCUCCCACGACAAGACUGCUCAGGCCGAGAGCAGCUGGCCCCGUAGCCUGCUGGUCAACAGGAGCCGCUCCUUGCCUGAGAACAUUAUAGAACCUCCUGUGUCUGGCAAGGCGGACUACUGCUGCAGCCUGAACACCAAUGGGCGCCAGGGAGAUGGGGAGGCCAGCCAGCCUCCACCUCCUGAGUCUCCUCCCCAAAGCCAGCUGAACGGAGGUGAAGCCCUGUAUGUCACCGCAGACCUUACCCUAGAGAACAACCGGCGAGUGAUCAUCAUGGAGAAGGGGUCCCAUCCUAGCUCUACCAUGGGACUGGAGGAAGACAGUGGGAAGGAACCAAGUUCCUCAGUGGUUUUGAAGGGACAGGGCCAAGGUUUCCAGGAGUCUGCAGAGCACCAGCCCAAAGAAGACAGUCCUAGGGACUCAGCGGACACAAACAAACAGGGUAGAGUGAGAAACCUGAGGGAGAAGUUUCAGGCCUUGAACUCUGUGGGUUGACUGACUCCUGAAGGAGAGAACAGCCGUGUGGCGGUGGAAAGGACCUGCCGUGCUUUCCCCCAGGCCUGGCACACCAGGCUGUUCUCCAUUCUUCUGGAAGAGUGGUUUGAGAAACGUGUGAACUCACCUGCUACCCAUGCUGGCACCUCCCUUCCCUGGGGAGGUCCCAUGAUGAUGACUUUCCUUAGGUCCAGAUGAGCCACUUAUCUUUUCUGUAAAUACUUCCCUGAUAAGAAGCCAACGAUUUUAUUUAAACUUCUUCUGCCCAGGGAGAGCAAGCACUGUCCUGGCUUCCCUUACUGGCUGGCCACUGCCCAGCUGAGAACCAAGGCGAGACCUAGGAAGCAGUCUGGGCAGGCUUUGCCCUUUAACUGCCUUGUCAUAGGACCCAGGCAGGAAUGAGGCCAAUAAUUUAUUGCUUUCCAUCCUGUGGUGUGUGUGUGUGAGUGAGUGUGUGUGUGUCUUGUAAAGACUGUAACGGACCUAAUUCAGGUACUCUGGCAGGCUGUCUUGCUGGCCCUGUGGUUCUUGCUAAUGUAUACACAUUUCAUUAUUUACCUAUGGUGCAAUAAGCACUGUGACCAACCAA